AUGUCUCAAGGACAAACGUCCAGCACAAAGCUGUGGAUCCUGUGGCUGAAACUAGAAAUAGGCUACCCAGCCGGGCGUUCCAAUACAACACCUGCCACUGGUCCCGAGUCUGCUAAACUGGCUAGUGAGGUCUCCGAGGGCCGAGUCGUGAGACCAAAGCGGAAAACAAAAAAGAGAAGGAGAGAGAGCAGAAUUGGGAUUUCGUGGAGUGGAUUCUGCAACGGCAGGGGAAUGGAGCUCACUUAUCCAACCUGA